AUGGCUGCUUCGCUUCUUCUCAUGGCCUCCGACAAAAACAAGACCAUGAAACCGCCUCCUGCUCUUUUUGGUUUGUCCGAGGAAGAACCACCCAAGACGGAACCCUCCAAAAGCAGCAGAGGAAGGAAGGCCGGUAAUAAUGGAAAGGGUCCGAAUCAGAAGAAGCAACCCCAGAGAGGUAUGGGUGUGGCUCAGCUUGAAAGUAUUCUCAGGGUUCAAGAGAUGAACCAGAUGCAGAGGUCAUCGUCUUCAGCUGUAAUAACACCACUUCAUCUCUCUCCAUCGUUCCCCACCGUCAAUGACUCCUUCGCCGCCAGUCCUCCUCUGCGUUACGGUGCAUCCACUAACCAUGGACCGCUUCAUUGCCCUCCUCCUCCGCCAUGUAUGUUAAAUGGCACCGCCGUAAUCCCUGGUGGGUCGGGUCAGGGUCCGACCGUUGGGACUGCGGCCAAUAAUGCUGCGUUCAAUGUGCUUGGUGUUGGUGGUGGAGGGUACUCGUAUGGAUUCGGAGCUCCGGCUUGGAGUCCCUUGGUCGGAUGCCCUGUGGAGACCUCGAGAGAGCUCUCUUCAAUGCCAAAUCCUUAUUCUGAAUCUCAGCCCUGUGAUAUUUGCUUCAAGAAAAAGCGUUUCGCCGACGACAAUAUCGUUAGAGGAUCAAAUACAAGGAGAGACAGUUCUUUAGAUAUAUGGUCCAUGAUCAAUGGCCCGGAUCAUUUUCUGAGGUUCGCUCCCCAACAAUGCCCCAACCUCCCUGCCGGAACCACUGAUUUCAGCACCAGAAUGUCUACUCUCAAUGCUUAUUCUUAUCCCAAUCUUGAUGAGUCUGUGGGAGUUGUGGCGGUUCACAGGAAGGCAGGGUCGACGAGUGGGAAAAUUUUGAUGGAAUAUGAGUUUUUCCCGGGAAAAGAGAAUGCGAGAGGCACUGCUUCCAAGGAACUGGAAUUAUCUUUAGUAGGGGGCGAAGCAGCUUAUUCUUCUUCUUCUAUUACUGCAGCGCUAUCAGCUAGAGCUCUUAAUGGGAAUGCAGAUGCUUCUGCAGCUGCUUCUAAUUCUGUUGAUCUGUCUCUCAAGCUUUAA